AGACCGGUAAUCUGAUUAUUUGAGUAUUUGUGCCGCCGGUGAAUGGAGGUUACAUAAACCCUGGAGAAACUCUCUGCUCUGUUCCUUGGGGCUCUCUGGUCUCGGCUUCAAUGGAAAGCUGCGGCAGCGUUAUCGGUGACAACAAGAAUGAGAUUCAAUGGAGCGCUGAGGAAGCCGUCGCUGGAAACGCAAAAGCACUCGAAGCUCUCAGAGAACUCAUCACCUUCCCUCUUCUCUAUUCGAAGGAGGCACAGAAACUACAUCUCAAAUGGCCGCGAGGCCUGCUUCUGUACGGUCCACCGGGCACUGGCAAGACAAGCUUGGUUCGGGCAGUUGUUCGUGAAUGUGGGGCACAUUUAACCAUUAUCAGUCCGCACACUGUUCACAGAGCACAUGCAGGAGAAAGUGAGAGGAUUCUUCGGGAGGCUUUUUCAGAGGCAGAAUCUUAUGCAAUAUCAGGCAGGCCAUCAGUUGUCUUUAUUGAUGAAAUAGAUGCACUAUGUCCACACCGUAAUUCUAGACGAGAGCAAGAUGUUCGUGUGGCCUCUCAGCUCUUUAUGUUGAUGGAUGGCAGUAAGCAUGCAUCUACAUCUGUUCCACAAGUUGUUGUGGUUGCCUCAACUAACAGAGUGGAUGCAAUUGACCCUGCACUAAGAAGGUCGGGGCGUUUCGAUGCUGAAGUAGAAGUUACUACACCUACUGAAGAGGAGCGGCUUCAAAUCCUCAAGCUUUACACUAGAAAGGUCCCUAUGGAUCCAAAUGUUAAUUUGCAAGCCAUAGCUUCAUCUUGCAAUGGGUAUGUUGGUGCUGAUUUGGAAGCUUUAUGUCGUGAGGCUGCCAUGUCUGCCGCUAGGAGGGCAUCAGAUGGUAAUGAAAAUGCUGGUGUUCUUAGCUUAUCAAUGGGAGACUGGAAGCACGCCAGAUGUGUGGUUGGCCCCAGCAUAACAAGGGGUCUAAUUGUUGAAAUUCCCAAGGUUUCUUGGGAAGAUAUUGGAGGACUAAGAGAUUUAAAGAAAAAGCUGCAACAAGUAGUUGAAUGGCCUAUUAAACAUUCUGCUGCAUUCUCAAGGCUAGGAAUAUCACCCAUUCAAGGAGUUCUUCUGCAUGGGCCUCCAGGAUGUUCAAAAACAACCCUUGCGAAGGCUGCUGCUCAUGCUGCCCAAGCUUCUUUUUUCUCAUUGAGUGGUGCAGAAUUGUAUUCAAUGUAUGUCGGAGAGGGUGAAGCAUUAUUGCGUAACACAUUUCAGAGAGCACAACUAGCAGCACCAAGCAUAAUAUUCUUUGACGAGGCUGACGUUGUUGCUUCCAAGCGGGGUGGGAAAUCAAGCAGCAACAUUACAGUUGGAGAGAGGCUUCUAUCUACUUUGCUGACUGAAAUGGAUGGUCUGGAACAGGCUAAGGGAAUUCUUAUACUGGCGGCUACAAAUCGCCCUCAUGCAAUUGAUGCUGCACUUAUGCGUCCUGGGCGCUUUGAUCUGGUGCUUUAUGUGCCCCCGCCUGAUCUAGAAGCUCGAUAUGAGAUACUUCUUGUUCACACACGUAACAUGAAAAUAGGCGAAGAUGUUGAUCUAAGAAGAGUAGCAGAAGAUACCGAGCUCUUCACAGGGGCUGAGCUGGAGGGUCUAUGUCGGGAAGCUGGAAUUGUAGCUUUGCGAGAAGAUAUGUCUGCAGUUUCUGUACGUAAUCGCCAUUUCCAGACAGUAAAGGAGUCACUAAAACCAGCAUUAACAAAAGCCGACCUUGACUCAUAUUCAUCAUUUAUGAAGACGAAAUCUUCGACAUCAUCUAGCCUGGUCAAAUCCUUUUCCAAAGAGGAAGAUAAACUCAAAAAACACUUGCUGGCUCCAGGUUUCUUGGUGAAAAUUGGUGUUAUGUGCAUUGUAGCUCUUCUUGCUACAAAAUAUCUUUCCCUUGGACAUUAUGUACCGGCUACUUGAAAUAGUAAUCAUCCAUCUUGAUGUAAAAAUGAGCUUGUCAUUGUAGGUGAUUCUUUACUGUGGCACCUUGUUUGCUGUCAUUGUAGGUGCAAAUUCUGCAUUAGAUUAUUACGUAUUGUGUUAAAAGUGUUUGUUAGCAUUAUUUGGUCAAAAUCAACCAGUCAUUGAGGAACAUGUGCAUGCAUAUGCCAUUGCUCCCAAUGUGUUCCAAUGCCCAUGUAUAUGCUUACCAUAACAACCUACAAGGUAAUAUGAGAAUCUGUAGUUUCUUGUUUUU